CAUUAGGCCUCAAAUCCUGCUUUGCUUUGCUUUAUGGAGCUUGAUCACAAGCUCAUAGAGAACACAUUCACCCAAUCAAUGUUUAUAUCUGAUAAUCAAUCGAUUAAACCAUCCAUUAAAAAUGGGUUCCCCUUUGAAUUACCUUCAUUACCAUCAAAGGGCUUUCUUGAAGAUUUUCACCAUUUUGAUCAAUUUUAUGCAAAUGGGUUAUCUUUAAAUCCCAGUUUUGGGGUUCAAAGUGGGUGUAAUUUCAAUUCUUUUGAUGCUUUCCCAUAUGGGUCUUCAACAAAUAUGGAUUUCUAUGAUUAUGAGUGCAAGCCAUUUGCAGAUACUAAUGGUGGCCAUGGCCAGGUCAUGGACAAUUUCCAGAGUGGAAGAUACUUGAACCUACCCGAGAGUAAUCCCACAGAUAUGAUGGUUUCCAAUCAGAACAACAACAUGUCCUUAAACUUCCAAGAAGUGAAGCCUAUAAAUUUUCUGGUACCAGAUGAAGUUUCAUGCGUCAGUGCUAAUCAUGAAUACCACAAGAAGGUUGGUCUGAAUAAGAAUAGGGCAUCGCCUUCUGCAAGAAGAACCUGGAAAGGUUGUAAGAAGAACAAUUUGGUGAAGGGGCAGUGGACAAUUGAGGAAGAUAGGCUCUUGGCUCAGCUGGUUGAACAGUAUGGAUUGAGAAAAUGGUCUCAUAUUGCUCGGAUGCUACCUGGAAGGAUUGGAAAGCAAUGCAGAGAGAGAUGGCACAACCAUCUAAGGCCUGAUAUCAAGAAGGAUAUUUGGAGUGAAGAUGAGGAUAAGGUACUCAUACAGGCUCAUGCAGAAAUAGGAAACAAAUGGGCAGAAAUUGCAAAGAGAUUGCCAGGAAGAACUGAGAACUCAAUCAAGAAUCACUGGAAUGCAACCAAAAGAAGGCAAUACUCAAAGAGAAAAUGUCGCUCAAAGUAUCCAAGAGGGUCUCUUCUUCAAGAAUACAUCAAAAGCUUGAACUUAGACUCAGUUCCUGGUAGAUAUCAGGGAACAAUAAAAUUGAAAGCAAAGAGUUCUGCUGCUAUUGAUACCACAGCAGUUAAUAUGAAAGCACGAAAUCAGCUGCAGCCACAGGCGGCCUCAAAUGUUUUUCCAAAUGAUAAUAGGUCGGUUCCAAAUUGUUAUGAUUUCAAUGAGGUCCCAGAUUUUGAUUUUGAUGAGAAAUUGUUUCAAGAGGGCUGUAGCUUUGAUUCUCUUCUUGAUGAGAUAGCGAAUUGUGAUCAUGUUGUUGACGAGAAAAGCUUCGAGCAGAUGGAUGCAGCAGUGGAGGAUGUGAAUCCAUUAUUCAUGGAUUUUGAAGUGAAGAAGGAGCUGGAUUUGGUGGAGAUGAUCUCUCAAUCCAAAAUGUAAUUCUCUAAAAGCCACCCAUCAUAUA